CUCUUGGGACCUAACCCUAAGGGAUAGAUCCGGCGUGGAUUGCCGGGGAGCAACGCAAGUCGGGGGAGAUUCAUGGCUUCCACCGACGCAUUCAGUGGCGAUGAGACGGCGCCCUUCUUCGGAUUCAUUGGCGCCGCGGCAGCUCUGGUCUUCUCGUGCAUGGGAGCUGCCUAUGGAACCGCAAAGAGUGGUGUUGGAGUGGCGUCCAUGGGCGUGAUGCGGCCGGAGCUCGUGAUGAAAUCGAUCGUGCCAGUGGUCAUGGCUGGAGUGCUGGGAAUCUACGGCCUCAUCAUCGCUGUGAUUAUCAGCACGGGCAUCAACCCAAAGGCAAAGUCCUACUACUUGUUCGAUGGCUACGCUCAUCUAUCGUCCGGGCUGGCUUGCGGCCUCGCGGGUCUCUCGGCUGGAAUGGCAAUCGGGAUUGUCGGUGACGCUGGAGUCCGGGCGAAUGCGCAGCAACCCAAGCUUUUUGUUGGAAUGAUCCUGAUUCUCAUCUUUGCCGAGGCUUUGGCUCUAUACGGUCUCAUUGUGGGAAUCAUCCUGUCGUCUCGAGCUGGCCAGUCGAGAGGGUAAGCACAGCAGCAGCAAGAUUAAGGUGGUGCAUAAGCCAGCAUUCUAGCGCUUUUUUUUUCUUCUUACUACCUGUAUUAUUACUAUUCCUUCCAAUAAUCCUCGCUUUUCUCGUA